AUGUCGAGAUUCAGUUCGUUAACAAAGCUGCUCAGGGUUACAGCUUAUGUCCUACGUUUUAUAUUCAAGUGUCGAGGCGGGAGUCAUACUGGAAGAUUGGACUUGUUAACUACAGACGAACUACGCAGAGCUGAGGAGAUGUGCAUACGAAGUUGCCAGAUGUCCAAAUAUCAAGCAAAAAUAAAAAAUACAAAAUCAAAAGGAAACAAACUUCCAUUAUGUAAACAACUUCAGUUAUUCUUAAACAAUGGCAUAUUAAAGUGUCGUGGUCGUAUCCACAAUGCUCCAUUAGACGAGCUGACAAAGUUCCCGUACCUACUACCAGCUAAACAUCCAUUUACAAAGUUAGUUGUCAACGACGCACAUUCAAGAUUAUUGCAUGCCGGCGUUAGUUCAGCUAUUACGUUUUUAAGACAGAAGUACUGGAUUCCCUCGAUUCGUCAAACUGUUAAAAACAUUUUACGUAAAUGUACAUGUUGUGUGAAAGUUAUUGGGAAACCCUAUUUAGCACCUGACCCACCUCCAUUACCAAAGUGUAGAGUUUCUGACGUCAAACCCUUUACUUAUACAGGAGUAGACUUCUCUGAAGCAUUACUGGUUCGGGAUAGUAACAAAAGAGACAUAAAAGCUUACUUAUGCUUGUUAACGUGUGCUACUACGAGAGCAGUUCACCUAGAACUUGUUUCAAACCUAUCAGCAGAAUCAUUCCUACAAGCUUACCAACGUUUCUGUAGCAGAAAAUCUGUCCCUUACGUCAUGAUGUCAGACAACGCUAACACCUUCAUAUCAGCCUCAAAACAACUAAGAGAUUUGUUUCACUCACUCACAGUUAGAGAAGAACUCAACAACAGAGGAAUUGAGUGGAAGAUGAUACCUAAACGCGCCCCUUGGUUUGGUGGAAUGUGGGAACGUCUCAUAGGUCUGACGAACACAACAAUAAAGAUAGUGCUAGGACGUUCCUAUGUUACCUACGAAACUUUACAGACUGUAAUCACAGAAAUCGAGGCAAUGAUUAACGAUAGGCCGUUGACAUAUGUGUGUUCUGGUAAUUCAGAUGAACCGGAAGUACUUACACCAUCACACUUACUUUAUGGCAGACGAAUAACUAAACUCCCUUAUGAAGAUGUCCUUUCAUGUACAUUCCCUACGCAAAGUGACCGUUCUUCAGUUAUCAAACAGGCUACGAUACUAACCACUUACGGGAUAGAUGGCGUCACGAAUACCUGA